AUGCAGCUUGAGCAUUGCAUCUCCCCGGCUAUAGCGCUCUCCAAGAGAUUUAUGAGUGUGGGCAGUGGCUAUUCCAACUCCGAGGGAUCAGAGCUCGCCUUACAGGACCAUCCUAUUAUAUCUGAAAGUGACAACCUGGAGAGAAGUUCACCUCUGAAAAAAAACUCGAGGGGGAUGACGAAUCAGUCAGAGGCAGACAAUUUCCCGGACUCUAAGGACGCAUCAGGGGACGUCCAGAGAGGCAAAGUGUCUCCUGAUCUCCACGGAGUCUCUGAUAUUCGUCAUAAUUUCGAUGGAUCUGCUGGGGAAAGGUACCUCCUUACUCAAUCCAGCCAUAGCCAACCGGUCUCAGCAACUCCUAGUGCCAUGUUCCCAUAUCCGAGUCAACAUGGUCCAGCGCACCCGGCUUUCUCCAUCGGAGGUCCCAGUCGUUAUAUGGCCCAUCACCCGGUCAUAACUAAUGGAGCGUACAACAGCCUUUUGAGCAACACUUCACCGCAAGCGUAUCCGACCGCUGGUUAUCCAUAUACGCAGCAGUAUGGCCACGCGUACCAAGGAGCGGCUUUUUACCAGUUUUCUUCUGCGCAAGCUGGACUGGUCCCCGGUAAAGCCCAGGUUUACCUUUGCAAUAGGGCCUUAUGGCUAAAGUUUCAUAGGCAUCAGACGGAGAUGAUCAUUACCAAACAGGGGCGGCGAAUGUUUCCCUUUUUAAGUUUCAACAUUUCUGGUCUGGACCCAACAGCUCAUUAUAACAUUUUUGUGGAUGUAAUUCUGGCUGAUCCAAACCACUGGCGAUUCCAAGGCGGAAAAUGGGUUCCAUGUGGCAAAGCGGACACUAAUGUAACGGGAAACCGAGUGUACAUGCACCCGGAUUCACCAAACACCGGCGCGCACUGGAUGCGCCAAGAGAUCUCUUUUGGAAAAUUAAAAUUAACAAACAACAAGGGCGCAUCUAACAACACCGGCCAGAUGGUGGUUCUGCAGUCCCUUCAUAAAUACCAGCCCAGGUUACAUGUGGUUCAGGUGAAUGAGGACGGCACGGAGGACACCAGCCAGCCAGGACGCGUCCAGACCUUCACAUUUCCAGAGACCCAGUUCAUAGCAGUCACUGCCUACCAAAACACUGACAUAACCCAACUGAAAAUCGACCACAAUCCAUUUGCAAAGGGCUUCCGGGAUAACUAUGACACAGUUUACACAGGUUGUGACAUUGACCGGUUAACGCCCUCGCCGGGUGACUCUCCCCGCUCCCACAUCGGGCCUGGGGCGAGAUAUGCCAUGGCUGCAGGCUCUUUCCUUCAGGACCAAUUUGUCAGCUCUUAUGCCAAGUCCCGCUUUCCCCCUGGCGUCGGGACCGGGCCUGGCACGGAUCGGAGCGUCUCACUUACUAACAGCUUGCUCUCCCCUCCGCAAACCGAGGAGACCACGGUGGCCUCCCCGCAGCGCUGGUUUGUCACCCCCGCCAACAACCGACUGGACUUCGCCGCGUCGGCGUACGAUGCUGCUGCGGCGGCUGACUUCGCCGGUAACGCGGCAACCCUCCUGUCCUAUGCAGCUGCCGGAGUGAAGGCGCUUCCACUGCCCACCGCAGGCUGCUCUAAUCGAGCCCUUGGUUAUUACGCUGACCCGCCGGGGUGGGGCACACGCACACCACCCCAAUAUUGCAGUAAAUCAGGUACUGUACUGUCGUGCUGGCCAUCCAACUCAGUGGGCACCAGAACGACGACCUCCAAUUACCUGGUGGGCUUGGAGGAAGGGGACACUCUAGUCCCUGAAAGAUCACCUCUCUGCGGGGCAUCGGAGGAAGCCAAACCAAAGGACUUGUCUGAGUCCAGCUGGAUUGAGACUCCGUCUUCAAUUAAAUCCAUUGAUUCAAGCGAUUCUGGGAUUUUUGAGCAGGCCAAACGGAGGAGGAUUUCGCCAUCUGCCACACCGGUUUCGGAGACUUCGUCUCCAUUAAAAGCAGACAUGCUAAGGGAAUGCGAUAAAAAUGCAUCCAAGGACAUUGGUUACUACAGUUUUUACUCACAAACUUAA